AUGCCCGUGUUUGACUACACCGGCGGCGUGUUCGCGGCGCACUACUGCCCCACGAACCACUACACCGAGGCGUUUGACCUUUAUGGCGGCCCCGGCGGCCUGGGCGAGAUGUCGCCCGCGCAGGCCGAGGCGAUCGCGCUUUUCGAGGAGAUAGCGAACUCGGACGCGUUCCGGCUGAAGUUCACGAUGCAGGCCGGCGACAUGCUGUUCGUUGACAACACCGCGGUGCUGCACGCGCGCUCGCCCUUCAAAGACGACCCGGCGGCGCCGCGCCACCUGGUGCGCCUGUGGCUGCUUGACGCGUCGCUCGGGCGGCCCGGCGCGUGGGCGCGCCCGCUGCCGGAGCACCUUGCGUACCCGCGCGCCUACACCGCCGCGGAGGGGUAUCACCCUGAUACCGCGGCCCCCGGGCUGCUGCGCCCCGACCCGGCCACCUUUUUUGUGGCGCUGAGCGCUGAGUAG